GAAUCGUUGGAGUUKGUGAGAAGAACGCAAACUUGUAAACAAUCAUGAUGUUGCUAAGAUUCGUUGCUUUSGCUAUAUUUGUCAAGAUGGUGACUAUGCGGUCAGUAAGCUUCGUGGAGCAAGGCCAAAGAGGAAAAAGUGAAAAUAUAAAAGACUUCAAGCGAGCUUUGUUGGAUGACCCCGACAGUAGCAUUACAGACAGAAUCAUCGUCAUCAAUCAAGAAAGUGGUAGGAAAGGUCUGUUCGAAGGUGAUAUUGAACUGACGGAUCAUGAUCAUGUGGACAUGUCUACAUUUGGUGAUAUCGAUGGACCAAUCAAAACUAACAUGAAGAGGAAUGCACAGCGGACACGGCAAGGGUUGUGGGUAACACGCAAAGUUCCUUACGUCAUCGAUGCUAAGAUAAYCGGUCACGAAUUGACUGAAGUUCAGAAGGCCAUCACAGAUUUCAACAAACACUCUUGUUUGCAAUGGAUUCCUAAACAGGAUACAGACAAAAAUUGGGUGAAAUUUAUGAAAGGCAAAGGGUGUGUCUCCAAUGUUGGUAGAAUGUACUGGAGAGAAGGUUCACAAGACGUGUCACUAGAAUCUGGUUGCUACAUUAGGGGUACCAUACAGCAUGAAAUGCUUCAUGCUUCCGGCUUUUGGCAUGAACAAUCAAGACCAGAUAGAAAUAGUUAUGUGAAAGUCAUGUGGGAAAACAUAGAACAAGAAAAUAUGUACAAUUUYAACAAGUAUUCGCACGGAAGUCUCGACAUUCUUAAMAAAAACUAUGACUAUGGAAGUGUGAUGCAUUAUGGGAAGUUUGGAUUUUCAAAGAACGGUCAAGCUACCUUGCUACCCAUUGACCCUAAUCAAAGCAUUGGUCAACGUAUUGGUCUUAGUGAGACUGAUAAAUUGGAGCUGAACGCUUUGUAUGAUUGCAAAACGCCAACCGGUGGAUGGAGUAAGUGGACAGAGUUCAGUCCSUGUGACAGCAACUGCUAUACUUUCCGUCARCGGUUUUGCACAGCAGAGGACAGGACCAAGGUGUGUCCWGAAGCAAACGUAUACGGCAUCCAAACUGAGUACAAAAAAUGUUCCGCGGAACAAUGCAAUGCACCAGUCGAUGGACACUGGGGUCGUUGGUCGUCUUGGACAGAAUGUACUAUAACGUGUGGGACUGGAAYUCAAGUGCGAAAACGUGUUUGUGAUGAUCCCGUCCCUAAACAUGGCGGUGCUCAAUGCGUAGGAUCAAGUACAGGAACUCAGAACUGUCAGAAACCGUCCUGUAGCCUGGGACCGGAUGACUGCGAUUUUGAAUUCAGUCUCUGUUUUUGGUAUCAAAAUAUAUCUGACACCAAUCCCUACCCAUGGAUGCAACAUUCUGGAUCCACACAUAGUGAAGGGACUGGGCCGACUGGAGACCACACUUCCGGUUCAGGAAAGUACAUAUUCUCCGAAUCGUCUGCCCCUGCAGAUCCGGGACACACAGCCAGGCUCAUAAGCAAGACGUUCCCUCCAACAUCUGGUCGAUGUAUGACAUUCUGGUAUAACAUGUAUGGCGAUAAAGGCAUGGGCACACUCAAUGUCUACAUACAAAACAUAGACGGCAAGACUUCAGAGAAGGUUUGGAGUCGAUCAGGUAACCAAGGCAGGGAAUGGAAAAGUGUUAAUCUUACUAUUGAUGAGCAAAGUAGCUACAAGGUUAUGUUUGAGACAGUCAGAGGCUCGUCCUACCGAAGCGACAUUUCUCUAGACGAUGUGACGUUUAAAGAGGGAAAAUGUCAAGAAAAACCAUUAACUACACCAGUACCAACUACGCCUCCUCCUCCAGUUGUAGCUGACUUUUGCGAUUUUGGCACCAAAGAAAACAUAUAUUGCACGUGGUACAACGAUCCAAACAACAGCAAAACACCUGACAACUAUUAYGUGUUUAAUUGGUGGACACAUCAAGGUCAUUCACCGUCUCAUGCUACUGGUCCUCYCUCCGGUCAUGGUGGAUCUGGUUAUUACGCCUACAUAGAGGCUUCUUCCCCCUAUCAACAAAACAUGAAGGCCAGGCUACUAAGCAAGCAGUACCAGGCCUCGUCUAGCAUGUGUUUUGAUUUCUGGUAUUUCAUGCAUGGUCAAGGUGUUGGUACUUUGAAUGUUGGUUUGGUAAAYACCUCUGGUUACAAGACAUUAUGGACGCAAAGUGGGAACAAGGAAGAGAARUGGCUKCAUGGUAAAGUWCCUUUGUCCAGCACUUCAUCUUUUAAGAUCGUUAUAGAAGGUAUUCGAGGCUUUAGUUACCUAGGUGAUAUUGCUAUUGAUYUUCUCAUAUUUGAAGAUYACGCAAGURCCGUGCUUCGGUUUGAAGUGAUCAAUGCCUGUAACCGUCAAGGUACCGUUUGGACUGAACUCAUCGGUGUAYUUCAUCCAAAAUUUGUUGUUUUYAGGGUCAUGUUCAACGCCACCAAUCGCUACCAGCAUACGRCCAAAAGAAUAAGACUUUGUCUUAAAGGAGUAGGAGACUGGGUCCUUCUUUCUCGCUUCUUGUAG